AAAGGGCGGAUGAUUCACAGCGUGCGCACACACGCACUCACACUCAGCAGAGUAGUUGCUUCUAGCGAGACACUCGGCGAUCACUGCUCUCAGCUUCUGUCUCUGCUCUGACUGGAAGUUUACCCAGGCGCUCCAAACCAGCCACCCUAUCCCAUGUCUCAACCCGGCGGAGCACCGUAUCCAGUUCCUCCUGGAUAUGGAGAUCCCAGUCAAGCCCCUGCACCGGGCUUCAACAUGGGCUAUUCAGGACAGCCUGCGGUCAUGUACCAGCCAGCACCCACAGGGCCAGCUCCAGGCCCUGAAUACGGUGGCCCACCAGGGGGGAUUUCACCAGCUCCUGGAGGUCCAGCAGUCCCCGUUGGUGUCCCACCUGGACUUGAGUACCUCACACAGAUUGACCAGAUCCUGAUCCAUCAGAAAGUCGAACUCCUGGAAGCAUUCAUCGGUUUUGAGACAAACAACCAGUAUGAAAUCAAAAACAGUCUGGGUCAAAAGAUCUACAAGGCCAAAGAGAAGAAUGACUGCUGCACCAGGAACUGUUGCGGCUCUCUGCGCAGCUUCGACAUGAAAAUAAAGGACAACAUGGACAGGGAGGUUAUCCGUCUCAUCAGGCCUUUCCGCUGUGUCUCCUGCUGGUGUCCCUGCUGCUUGCAAGAGAUGGAGGUCCAGGCUCCACCUGGGACCACCAUAGGGUACGUCAAACAGGACUGGCACCCUUUCCUGCCAAAGUUUUCCAUCCAGGGAGCAAACAAGGAGACACUCAUGAGACUGGAGGGGCCCUGCUUUGCCUGCAACUGCUGUGGAGAUGUCAACUUUGAGCUGAAGGGGAAAGAUGGUGGCACACCCAUUGGUCGCAUCAGCAAGCAGUGGAGCGGCCUUUUGAAGGAAGUCUUCACUGACACAGAUAAUUUUGGCAUCCAGUUCCCGCUGGACUUGGACGUGAAGAUGAAAGCUGUGCUGAUGGGCGCCUGCUUCCUCAUCGAUUUCAUGUUCUUUGAGAAAGUCGGAGAGGCCAACCAGCGCAGCAGUGUGUUUUCAUAACAGAGGAAAGGGGAACCGUGGGGGGGCGGCCUAUGAUGGUGUUUUCCUGUUAUGUAACAUUUGUAAUUGUUUUGUUCAUUUGUUACCAGUCCCAUAAUCCAUUUAUAUACACAUACAACUCAUUGUGAGUGAAUAAACUCUUGAUUAGAUUUAAAA